GUCACUCGCCUCCACUCCUCGCUUCGCUCACCCGACUCGGACACACACUCAGUGUACUUGCACACAGCGAUCCGUAUGCGCGUUUCAACGUAUAUCGCGCAGUUUCUCUCGUAAAUAAUUAGUAUGUGAAUGCGACGUGUAUUUGUUCAACACGAAAACGAGUGAAAUGGUGUGGAUUCGCUGAUCAGCGCGCGAUCGCUUCGUCUUGCACUUGGACUGACUUCAUGAGGAACUGGUCGAAAUAUCCUGUUUUGCUUAGAUAACUUCUCUCUUCGCCUUCAGUGAUGAUUAUUAGAAUACCAUGGCUUUCGCUGCAGUUGACACUACUUACUUCUGCUUACAUUACUUUUGUAUUAGGUAACCCUAUAUUUCUGGAUCAAAAAUGGAACACAAAACCUGUAAUAAAAUGGUCGCCUCCGAUGGACAAUUGGAACUGGACGACAGAACCUCGCAACCAGGAACUGUUCUUCAUGCCUUCCAACCACGAGCACAAGCUACCGCCGUCAGCGAAUGAGACGGAACUGAUAGCGCACAUGGCUGCCCUAAAAAGAAACUACUCUCGCCUUUUGUGGGACAGCGAUAAAAGCUCAAACUUGCCACUUUUCGUAGAAAAAGCCUUGAAAUUGCUCAAUUUAAAGCAAGUUUACUACGAAGUAGAACACUCUGUGAUGUCUAAAGUAUCGUGCACCGCGUGUAAGGCCGGCGCAGGUCUCCUCCAACACUACAUACGCGCUGGCAAAAGCAACGAGGAAAUCAAUAAAAUGAUAUUUCAGUUCUGUGUCUCAUUGAAAAUACAGUCGGCCAGAGUAUGUGAUGGAAUAACAAGGCUCUUCGGGAGUGAAGUCGUAUACGUUCUGAAGCGUGUAACAAUAGGACCCGACGAGAUAUGCAGCUUUGUCAUAGGCGACGCUUGUGGUGACGUGUAUAACCCUUACCAUGAGUGGGAAGUCGCUUUUCCUCCGGUGCCGAAGCCAGUAGCGAAAGUCCUCGAUAUCCCGGUAGACAAGGCUCCAACAUUCAAAGUUCUUCAGAUUUCUGAUACUCAUUUCGAUCCAUAUUACGCUGAAGGUGCAAACGCAGAAUGCAACGAGCCGCUGUGCUGCCGCGCGUCCAACGGGCCUGCGGUGACGCCCGGCGGCGGCGCCGGCCGCUGGGGCGACUACCGCAAGUGCGAUACUCCCAAGAGGACCAUCGACCAUAUGUUGAAGCAUAUCGCUGAUACGCAUACGGAUAUCGACUAUAUUCUAUGGACUGGUGACCUGCCUCCUCACGACGUUUGGAACCAGACGAAGGAAGAAAACCUCAAAGUCCUGCAGGAGACAGUGGCCCAGAUGUCGGAUAUGUUUCCGGGUGUUCCUAUCUUCCCCGCUCUUGGUAACCACGAGUCAUCUCCAGUUAACAGUUUCCCACCGCCAUACAUAUCGUCACCGGAGUCCAACAUAGCGUGGCUGUACAACGAACUGGAUGCCCAGUGGCGACGGUGGCUGCCAGCCGGGGUGUCCCAUACGGUGCGACGAGGGGCCUUCUACUCGGUACUGGUGCGCCCUGGCUUUCGCAUCAUAUCGCUCAACAUGAACUAUUGCAACAAUAAAAACUGGUGGCUGUUACUGAACAGCACCGACCCGGCGACCGAGCUUCAGUGGCUGAUUUACGAGUUGCAGUCAGCAGAGUUCAGCGGGGAGAAAGUUCACAUAAUCGGUCACAUACCGCCCGGUCACUCUGACUGUCUAAAAGUGUGGAGCAGAAACUACUACGCCAUCAUCAACCGUUACGAGUCCACAAUUACUGCACAAUUCUUCGGACACACGCAUUUUGAUGAAUUUGAAGUGUUCUACGAUCCAAACGAUUUAGGAAGAGCAACUAGUAUAGCCUACGUGGGACCGUCUGUCUCGCCUUACUAUGAUUUAAAUCUUGGAUAUCGAAUAUAUUAUGUUGAUGGAGAUCAUGAUGCAACUACUCGGUUAGUGGUGGAUCAUGAGACAUGGAUAAUGAACUUGAAGGAGGCCAAUUUGUUUGGUUAUCCGAUAUGGUACAAGCUGUACUCCGCGCGGUCGUCGUACACAAUGAACGCCCUGCGGCCGCAGGACUGGGACAAAUUCAUUGACGAUAUGACAGCCAAAGAAGACGUCUUCAAUUUAUAUUACAAACAUUACUGGAAGAACAGUCCCCGCCGAGGAACUUGCGACGGCGAAUGCCGCAAGCGGCUGGUGUGCGAUGCGCGUUCAGGCCGCUCGCACGACCGCCGUGCGCUCUGUGGGCACAUCGAGGCGCGCAUCGACGGAUCUGCGCCGGCGCCACAGACGUGGCGGGCAUGGUUCUAUAACGGACUCUCAGUCUCACCUAGUGUACAGCAAGUUUAAGGUGGUGGAAAUAACCAAAGCAAAAAAGGAUGUCAAUGAUAAUGCAAAUACCUCAAGUGGCAUACUCGAUACCAAAGUUCGUGAUGGGUCUCGGCUGAGAAGUGUCAAGCGGAAACUGCGGAAGUUUGAUCAGCGCCGGAAGCUCGGUAGUUAAAUAAGCUGCUGUAGUCACUUCAAUUAUUACAGGGAACUGAUUCACAUCGAACAAUCUUACUGAUUACGCAAGACAUUAUUCCAACUGUUUCCCUUAUCGCUUUUUAUUCUAAGUAAUAUUGAUGACUUCAAGCUUCAAUUGUAUGGAUAUUUCCAGUUCCUAAUACAUUUGCGACUUGGAUUUAAUUUUAUAACUUACUCCGAUUGACUCUAUGGUGGUCUCCAAUUGUACUAAAUACUGAAUGUUGUAUAGACUUAGUGAUAAUUUGAUGUUAAUAAUAAUUUAAGUAAUGUUAUAUUGUAAAUACCUACAAAUCUGUAAAUUUUUAAUUAAAUGAUUUGAAAUA